CUCCGCUCACACUUCGCUGGGAGCCUUCCCAGCGCGAGAGUAGGAUCCGGCGGUGCAGUGAGAAGAGGAGACGAAGACGACAACGACGACGGCGGCGGGAGGGGGACGGACCGGAGCCGGGGACCGAGGAGGAACACGCCGCCGCGCCCUCUCCCUCUGCUGCGCGCUCCGGUGGCCGGCCCCACGCCUCUCGCCUCACCCACCGCACGGGGCUCCGCUCCGAGCAGGAGGAGGCACCAGGCCCGAGCUGGGGCGGGGGUCCUCCCUGCAGCCCGGGCACGCCGGAACAGAGGAUUCGCCGUGGAGGACCGUGCCCGGGCUGGUGGCACCCGAGGCCCCGCCAGCGCCGGCUGCGCCAGACUGUGGCCUGAUGGACACCUGGUGUGGACGAUGAGGGAAGAACGCGCCUCCCACACCCGAGAGGUGACCCCAGAGCGAGCCCCGGAUGGCCCCGCGAGCAGGAACGAUGCGGCUGACCUGCAUGUUCUCGUCCAUCCUGCUGUUUGGAGCCGCGGGCCUCCUCCUCUUCAUCAGCCUGCAGGACCCCACAGAGCUCGCCCUCCAGCAGGUGCCAGGAAUAAAGUUCAACAUCAAGCCACAGGAGCCCCACAGCGACCUCCCAUCAGGCAGUUCCCAGGAUGGUGACUUUAAGGCACCCACAGAGAGUGUCACCCGAGACUUGUCCAGCCGGGCCCCGAGGGGCCUGAACCUACAGGUGUCCCAGCAGCCUCAAGCCCACCUAAACGUGGGGGCCCGUCUGCGACCCCGGCAGCGCCGCCGGCGACUGCUUAUCAAGAAAAUGCCAGCGGCGGCGGCCAUCCCGGCCAACAGCUCUGCUGGUACGUUCGUCCGGCCAGCACCCCGGGCCCUGGACGGCCGUUGGGUCAGCCUGCACCAGAGCCAGCAGGAGCGCAAGCGGGUGAUGCGGGAGGCGUGCGCCAAGUACAGGGCGAGCAGCAGCCGCAGGGCGGUCACGCCCCGCCACGUGUCCCGCAUCUUCGUGGAGGACCGCCACCGCGUGCUGUACUGCGAGGUGCCCAAGGCGGGCUGCUCCAACUGGAAGCGGGUACUCAUGGUGCUGGCCGGGCUGGCCUCGUCCACCACCGACAUCCAGCACAACACCGUCCACUACGGCAGCGCCCUCAAGCGGCUGGACACCUUCGACCGCCAGGGCAUCCUUCACCGCCUCAGCACCUACACCAAGAUGCUCUUCGUCCGCGAGCCCUUCGAGAGGCUGGUCUCUGCCUUCCGCGACAAGUUCGAGCACCCCAAUAGCUACUACCACCCCGUAUUCGGCAAGGCCAUCCUGGCCCGAUACCGGGCCAACGCCUCUCGGGAGGCCCUGCGGACGGGCUCCGGCGUGCGGUUCCCCGAGUUCAUCCAGUACCUACUGGACGUGCACCGGCCCGUGGGGAUGGACAUCCACUGGGACCACGUCAGCCGGCUGUGCAGCCCCUGCCUCAUCGACUAUGACUUUGUGGGCAAGUUUGAGAGCAUGGAGGACGACGCCGACUUCUUCCUGAGCCUCGUCCGCGCGCCGCGGAACCUGACCUUCCCGCGGUUCAAGGACCGGCACUCGCAGGAGGCGCGGACCACCGCACAGAUCGCCCACCAGUACUUCGCCCAGCUCUCGACCCCGCAGCGGCAGCGCACCUACGACUUCUACUACAUGGACUACCUGAUGUUCAACUACUCCAAGCCCUUCGCGGACCUGUACUGAGGGGCGGGGCCAACCGGCCGUGGGCGGCCCGGCGCCACCCACUCACCUGUCCGCAGGGGCAUCCCACGCUCCGUGGGUUCUCACCUGGGAGCUGAGAUGUACCCAGAGCAACAGGGCUCUGAGGAGCCGUGCCUGCUGGGUGGUGCGGGCCCUUCAGGGGGCCACAGAGGCCCAGGCCUUGGAUGGGGACCCUGGCCUCUGUCCCAUACCCACUUCCAUACUCCUCAAAUAAGGAAGGUGCUGGGGGGUGAGCUGGACACCCCAAGAGUCCCAGCUGCCCAUACCCAGCUCUACCGUCAGGAUGACCAGGGAAGUCUGAGGCCCAGAGGAUGAAGGCCCCGGCUGUAAGGGAUUUCCCGCAUCCCUUAGCCAUUGCCUUGUACCAAACCACAGGGUUUGCAGCUUUUCUAAGACCCGGGGGGAGGUUCCCUUGGAAUGAGGUUCCAAAUAAAGCACAUGGUUUCCAGA